AUGGGAGCCGCGGGCAGCAACCCCGGCGGGGAGCCGGCCGGCCGGGGCUUCCCCCAGAAGUUGCGGGGCCACAGCACGGACGCCUUGCCCGACGCUUUGUGGGUGCGAAGCUGGAAACGCCUCCUCUCUCACCUGGGUGGGACCCUCUCGGGUCUGGAGCAGGCCUUGGCAGCCCGAAGCCCCCCGAAGCUGGAGCGGGCACAGGGGGACCAGAAGGCCCCGGAUACGGGGGGUGCCGAGUGGCCCACGGCCCCCCACGCCUCGCUCUUCCUGCCCGAGUUUCCUGUCCAGCCUCCAUUGCAGCAGCAGAAGCAACUCAAGAUUCUGGGCUUCCUGGCCAAGGGGACCUUUGGGACCGUCCUCAAAGUGCUGGACUGCUCUCAGGCGAAGGUCUUUGCGCUGAAGGUGGUGCCCAAAGUGGAGGUGCUCCGCAGGGACAGCGUGAGGCAGUGCAAGGAGGAGGUCAGCAUCCAGAGGCAGGUGCGCCACCCGUUCCUCCACUGUUUAGGGGACAGCUGGCAAGGAAAAAAUCACCUCUUCAUUAUGUGCAGCUAUUGCAGUUCCGGGGAUCUGUUCACGCUCUGGAAGUCGUCCGGACCCCUGGCCGAAGGCCCCAUCCGGCUGUUUGCCACGGAGCUGGUGCUGGUGUUGGCCUAUCUUCACAACCAGGGUAUCGUGCACCGGGACAUCAAGAUGGAAAACAUCCUCUUAGAUGAACAAGGUCACCUGAAGCUGGCCGAUUUCGGCCUCUCGCGGCAUCUGCCCUGGAGCCAGCGAGCCUUCACCAUCUGCGGGACCCUCCAAUACAUGGCCCCAGAAGUGCUGAGAGGCGGUCCGUACGCCCACGCCGCCGACUGGUGGUCCCUGGGGGUGCUGCUGUUUGCGAUGGCCACUGGACAGUUCCCUGUCCCCCCAGAGCGGGACCACGUGGCCAUGCUGCGGAGCGUGAAGCGCAGCACAUACGCCAUCCCGGCCGGACUCAGCUGGGGCCUCCGACUCCUGCUCAGCGAGCUCCUGUGCCAGGACCCUCAGCGCCGGCCCUGCCGUCUCCACCACUUCCGCGCCCACCUCUUCUUCUGCGGCAUGAGCUUCGAUGCCGACAUCCUCAGGAAGCAACCGGCAGACUUUGCCUUGGGCUGGCAGCAACUCAAGAGCCCCCCAGCGGACGCUGCUGCCUUCUUGGAGUUUGACUGUGACUUGGGGGGGCCCUGA